UCUCUCCCGACCAAUGAAUUGUGAAGAGUAGUCCUAGCGGAGGGCGGUAGUUAGUGCAGCGCCGGGUCUCGGUCAGCGUGAGGUGAAGAUGGCGGUGCUCGCUCCUCUGCUGGCGUUAAUCUACUCCGUGCCUGGGAUCUGUCGCUGGUUCGCCCAGCCCUACUAUCCGUUCUCACUCCUGCUCUCCGCUGCCUUCCUGCUGGUGCGGAAGGUCCCGCCCUUAUGCCAUGGGCUGCCCAGCCAGCGCGAGGAUGGCAACCCCUGCGACUUUGACUGGCGGGAAGUGGAGAUCCUGAUGUUUCUCAGUGCCAUUGUGAUGAUGAAAAACCGUAGAUCCAUCACUGUUGACCAACAUGUGGGGAAUAUUUUCAUGUUCAGCAAAGUAGCCAACGUCAUCCUUUUCUUCCGUCUUGACAUCCGCAUGGGGCUGCUCUACCUAACACUUUGCAUAGUGUUCCUGAUGACCUGCAAGCCACCUCUGUACAUGGGUCCUGAAUACAUCAAAUAUUUCAGUGAUAAAACUAUAGAUGAGGAACUAGCACGGGACAAGCGAGAGACCUGGAUUGUGGAAUUCUUUGCUAACUGGUCCAAUGAGUGUCAGUCAUUUGCUCCUAUCUAUGCUGACUUGUCUCUCAAAUAUAACUGUGCCGGACUGAACUUUGGGAAGGUGGAUGUGGGCCGCUACCCUGAUGUAAGCACCAGGUACAAAGUCAGCACCUCUCCUCUCACUAAACAACUGCCCACCUUAAUCCUUUUCCAAGGUGGGAAGGAGGUGAUGCGCCGCCCUCAGAUCGAUAAAAAGGGACGAGCUGUUUCGUGGACCUUUUCUGAGGAGAAUGUGAUCCGCGAAUUCAACUUGAACGAGUUGUACCAGAAAGCCAAGAAACUCUCCAAGCAGCCAGAGGAAAGGCCUGAAGAAUCUCCAGAACACCCUGCUGUCGCUGAGCUGCCCAAUGGAGAGAGCAAAAAGGACAAAUAGAGCCCAGGGGCUGGUCCACAGCCCCUUCCUGUUUAACUCCCUCUCCCUCUCUCUUCUGAGGCACUCACACUGUGGGAAGAUGAGUGUCAUAGCCAGAGAACUUCCAUCCUCCUGGAUUCAGUCUCUGUCUACAGGUGGCCAUUUGAUUUCUAUAUGUUGCCUUGCAUUUUUGGCCCCUGCUCCUCCUCCCAGGGGCCGCCAGAGGCACUUCCAGUAGAUUAGAACCAGCAAGAGGAGACCUUUCCCUCCAUCCCCAUUGCUUAUGGAGGUAGAAUCCAAGAAAACUCUGCAGCUUCUGGAUGAGGAGGGGAUGCGUGUUUCUGUAACAGUGACAGGAACUACUGAGAAAAGCAGGAACUUAAUAGAUACUGUAACGGGAGGGAAAGAGCCAUUGUUUGUUCAUCCACGCUGACUCGCUAGAAAAUCUUAACUGAGUUUUUGUAAAAUUGGUUCCCUCCUUUUCUUCAGAACAGGUACACUACCCUCCAGUUUGAGUUGCUGUUGCACAGCGAGGUGCUUGUAACCAAGAAGGUACAGGUUCUGUUAGCAAUUUCUGCUACUUGCUAGCCAUUGCCUUCUGUUACAAUGCUAGAUGAUACUUAAUGGUAUCCCUUCCUUCAUUUUGGGAGUUAGAAGCUGACGGGCAGAAGCAGAAUCCGAACAUGCUGCUGUGGCAGGGAGUAAGUGGCUACCAUGUAGCCUUCAAGGAUGAUGUCCUUUUCUUUCCAUCAACAGCCACUCAUCUAGUGUAAAGUACUCAGUGCUGAAAUCCUGUUGUGUCAAGUUGUAAAUUGCAUUAAAGUAGGCCCAUUGAAUCAGUGGAGACUUGGUGAGUCAGCUCUUCUAUAAGUUCCUUUGAUUCAAAUGGGCCUACUGUAGGCCAAAUGCUAAGCAACAGGCUUUUAGCCAAUGUGUGCUGUACCAGCAAGUGGAGGAAUUGCUACUUCUGUUAUCUUUGAUAUACUAUACAAAAUGCAGAGUUGCUGACUUAAGAGAUUAUUGCAGUUGCUGCUAUUUCAUUGCUGAUACAUAGUAAGAAACUCUGUGUCAUCAAGCAUGACCAUCUUCAUCUCCCAUUAAUUAUUUUAUUAGACUGCUUCUAAUAAACAACUUGGGGAAAGUCUU